AUGCCCACAAGCUGCAUACUAAAUUCCUCCUGCUUUCCAUUGCUUCCAGUUGGCUCUCUGCCCAGUACCUCAGUAAAAUCGCCGAUAACACCUGAGGGCGUUAUCACCUCUACCCUAGCACAAGGCAAACCUUUAAUCUCGGGUGCUGCGCGCGAGGAUCCCAACUCUCCGACCGGUGACAGCACAAACCAGAGUACCAACAGGUCUGCCGCACAGCAGGUUCGUCGUCAACUCUCGAUGGUGGAUCUGGAUAAGCCGAAAGGGCCUGAUGCCCUCACCUCUGCUGCAAGUAGUAGAUUCACGUCAACCACCGAAAAACCGAGUCUCGGCGCCUGUCACCACGUAGGAUGCUGCCAUUAUCGUCAGCAGAGAGGCACCGGACGAACGAACGAACGCACGAACGACUACCAUUCCUCCAUGACUCCUGAGAAAUUAAAGACACCAGUUCAAAAUUCCCGACACUAA